CAGCGCGGUUUCCUUGAGAAGCCACUUACUGAAUGUUUUCGCAAGCUGAGAGCAACACAGGAGGAAAGAGCAAGGAAAGGAGUGUCCAACGGAACAAAAAGGCGGACACGCAUUAGACAUCCACAGCUGACCUGUUAUUCUGCGUGUUUUUUUCCUUUGAAGAGACUGUUAUGAUUUAAUAUCAGCAAACGAUUGUUGCUACGUGACCACCGCAGAAGAGUCGGAAUGGCAAACAGAAGAGCGCAGAACCAGCCGCAGUGAUGUUCGUCUGUCACUUUGGCAACUUGGAGAACCCUUUUCACUUUAGCACUUUCGCCCGCAGACUUUCCGCUCUUUCAGUUCGGUAGCGAGGAUGACUUCGCACUGCGCGAGUUACUACAGCACAGACAAAGCUUUCGUCAACGCCUUCACGUGCCCGAAACCGGACGGCGACGUCACUGCUGCGUUCUGCUGUGGUUUCAACGACAUAAAAUACUGCUGCGAUGAUCCCAACAGUUUUUUCCCUUAUGAAUACGGAUACAUGUGGUGGCUGAGUGUGGGGGCUCUGGUUGGCUUGUCCAUAGCUGCAGUGGUUCUGUUAGCCUUCAUCAUCACCAUCUGUGUUCUCUGCUACCUCUUCAUCACUACCAAGCCCAGAGGACUGGACAAUGGCUUAUCCCUCCAAGUGUCAGGUAUCGAGCAGAGUGUCGAGGAGGGUCUGAGCCAGACUGCUGCUCCGUCUGGACCACGGGGGUUCCGGAAGCACUUCUUCAGGGGCAAACUGGACUGUGACAACCAGCCAGCAGAUCCCGAGCGUCUGUUCCAGCGUUGCUUCAUGGCCACUGUCAGCACCACCAAUAUGGAUGGACUGUCAUAAUGAAGCACCUGCUCCCUCACGCCACCUCCGCCCAUCCAUACUUACACCAGCCACGUGCCAGCUCCACCCACCGAGCCCUGUGCCAGCUCCGCCCACUCAUGCCUAUGAUAGCCCCAUUCUGUUCUUUACUGUUGCACAUGGAAUUAUUGAACUAAAUAUUUUCUAAAUUGAGGUACAUGUUUAUAAGGAUUUGUUUAAAGUCGAUAGAAUCAUAAUGUGACAGUAGAAUCAUGAAUUCACCUCACCCAUUCACCUCACACAUCCUCCUCACCCAUUCACCCCAUAUAUCCUCCUCACCCAUUCACCCCAUAUAUCCUUCUCACCCAUUCACCUCGCACAUCCUCCUCAUCCAUUCACCUCACACAUCGUCCUCACCCAUUCACCCCAUAUAUCCUCCUCACCCAUUCACCUCAUAUAUCCUCCUCACCCAUUCACCUCACACACCCUCCUCACCCAUUCACCUCACACACCUUACUCACCCCUCCCACUUUACCUUUGUCAGUACAUUUGGUUUUGACGUGUGAUCCAUAAAACAUCUUGAUCACCUACUGCAUUUAGUGCAUUUAGAUCAAUUGGCAUUUCCAUAAGCAGCUUACAG